AUGGGCUCGCAAAUGGACAGCCCGGCUGCCGUUGCAGAUUUGGGGACUAUCACCCGUCAGAAGACACUCGAAUCGGACGUCGACCUCGAAAACGAUUUGAAGGCUGGCAUCACGCCGCCGUAUAAGCAGGAUGCUUUUGGUGAUGAGGAGUUCGCAGAGGUCAAAUACAAAGUCUUGAAAUGGUGGCAAUGCGGUUUGCUGAUGGUUGCUGAGACCGUGUCCUUGGGUGUUCUAUCCCUUCCAGCUGCGAUUGCUGGCCUGGGUCUUGUCCCCGCACUUCUCAUCUUGGUCGGCCUUGGUCUGCUGGCCACUUACACAGGCUACAUCAUCGGACAGAUGAAAUGGCGGUACCCGCAUAUCACGACGAUGGCUGAUGCCGGAGAGGUUCUUGGAGGAAAAAUUGGCCGAGAGUUCCUCGGCGCAUGCCAAAUUCUCUUCCUUAUCUUCAUCAUGUCGAGUCACCUGUUGACCUUCACCGUGGCGAUGAACACGAUCACCAACCAUGGAACCUGCUCGAUUGUCUUCGGCAUUGUGGGAACGGUCAUCUCGUUCAUCUGCUCUCUGCCUCGAACCCUGGUCAAGAUGUCCUGGCUUUCCUUCGUCUCAUUCGGAAGCAUCAUCACCGCCGUGAUGAUUUGCAUGAUCGCCGUCGGCAUCGAGAAACCCGGCAGCGGCGUCGUCGCCGUCGUUCAGACCGAUUUAUACCACGGAUUCUCCGCAGUCUGCAACAUCGUCUUUGCAUUCUGCGGACACGCCGCAUUCUUCGGCCUGAUGGCCGAGCUCAAAAACCCGCGCGAUUUCACAAAGUCCCUCUGCCUGCUGCAAGGCGUUGAUAUCUCCCUUUACCUGAUCGCCGCCACUGUCAUCUACCGCUAUGCCGGUGACGGAGUCACUUCGCCUGCUCUUGGCUCGGCUUCGCCGGUUGUUGCUAAGAUUGCCUAUGGUAUCGCCCUGCCGACCAUCAUCAUCGCUGGUGUUAUCAAUGGCCAUGUUGCAUUCAAAUAUGUCUAUGUGCGUAUUUUCCGUGGGACGGAUCGCAUGCACAAGCGUGACUGGGUGGCUAUCACCUCGUGGGUUGGAAUCGCUGCUGGUCUGUGGAUUCUUGCUUGGAUCAUUUCCUCUGCUAUCCCGGUCUUCAGCAACCUGCUUAGUUUGAUCACUGCUCUGUUCGCUAGUUGGUUCACUUUCGGACUGAGUGGUAUCUUCUGGCUGUUCAUGAACAAGGGAAAGUAUUUCUCUUCACCGCGGAAGAUGUUCCUGACGGCUGUGAAUCUGAUUAUUGUUGCGAUCGGUGUCGCUCUGUGCGGUCUCGGUCUCUGGGUUUCUGGAAAGGCCAUCCAUGACAAUCCCAGCAGUGCCAGUUUCUCUUGCGCAAAUAAUGCUUAG